UUUUUAAUACUAUAUUUCUCAAAAACAUUCGGAAAAUAGUGCUGCUCCUUAAACCCUUCCUGCUUCCCUCCCGCCUUCCAUGGCAGCUGAAAAUUUAUCUUCUCUCUCUUGCUAACAACUAUUCUUGAGAGAUAAACUAUGCUUUUCCUACCGCCUCGUAAACUUUUGUUGAACCCGUCUUCGAAGAGUAGCAGAAUAAUUGUCAUGGGUUCCAAGAAUUUUCUGCUCCUGAAAUCGUCGGCUGCUCCGGCUACUUACGCCUGCUUACAUUCGCUCCAUGAUUGUUCUUCUUCUCCGAGAACACUUCUUUUUGACUCCUACAAUCGGAAAAGCUCGAGGCUUUUUGCUUCUCCGAAGCAUUUGCAGCUAAGUUAUCAGAGGGCCUCUGGCUACAGUUAUACGCCCUAUUCUGCCAUGCCUAUUCCCAGGCCGAUUUCUGGUGUCAAUGUUGAGACUUUGGAGAAGCAAUUCGUUGAUGAUAAGAAGAUGAUGAUAUUAAGGCAGAAGUUGCAGGAAAUUGGAAUUGAUGGCAGUUCAUGCAUGCCUGGCCAAUACAAUGGUUUAGUUUGUCCAAAUUGUAAAGGUGGGGGAUCGAACGAGAAGAGUCUAUCUCUUCAUGUCACCGAGGAUGGCGGUGCAGCAGUGUGGACCUGCUUUCGGGCUAAAUGUGGGUGGAAGGGCGCUACCCGUGCCUUUGCAGGUGUAAAAUGAACUUAUUCAACAAUGAGUAAAACCAAAAUAAAGCAACCAAUAAGAAAAAUCACAGAGGAGAGUUUAGGACUGGAACCUUUGUGUAGUGAGUUACUUGCAUAUUUUGCUGAGCGCAUGAUCUCGGGAGAAACCUUGCGGAGAAAUGCUGUUAUGCAGAAAAGGACAGGAGAUCAGAUUGCCAUUGCUUUCACUUACCAAAGAAAUGGAGAGCUUGUAAGCUGCAAGUAUCGUGAUAUUACCAAAAAGUUUUGGCAGGAAGCAAAUACUGAAAAAAUAUAUUAUGGACUCGAUGAUAUAAAGGAAGCAAGUGACGUCAUUAUUGUUGAGGGUGAAAUGGACAAGCUUGCUAUGGAAGAAGCAGGCUUCAAAAAUUGCGUGAGUGUUCCUGAUGGUGCGCCUCCAAAAGUCUCUGAAAAGGAUAUGCCCACAAAAGAACAGGAUACGAAGUAUCAAUAUCUAUGGAACUGCAAAGAAUAUACUGAAAAGGCAUCUCGCAUAAUUCUUGCAACUGAUGGUGAUGCUCCUGGUCAAGCCUUGGCGGAAGAACUUGCACGGCGCUUGGGGAGAGAAAGGUGCUGGAGAAUCAAAUGGCCAAAAAAGAAUGAUACUGAAAGUUUUAAAGAUGCAAAUGAGGUGCUUAUGUAUAUGGGUCCUGAUGCACUGAAGGAAGUCAUUGAAAAUGCCGAGCUUUAUCCAAUAAGAGGGUUGUUUAAUUUUAAAGAUUACUUUGAUGAAAUUAAUGACUAUUAUCAUCAGUCUCUUGGUUUUGAGCUUGGUGUUUCAACAGGAUGGAGGGCCCUCAAUGAUUUGUAUAAUGUUGUGCCUGGAGAAUUGACAAUUGUUACGGGAGUUCCAAAUUCAGGCAAGAGUGAAUGGAUUGAUGCUCUGUUGUGCAAUCUAAAUCAUAGUGUAGGCUGGAAAUUUGCACUAUGUUCAAUGGAAAAUAAGGUUAGGGAGCAUGGAAGAAAACUCUUGGAGAAACAUAUAAAAAAGCCUUUCUUUGAUGUUAGGUAUGGGGAACAUGUUGAGAGGAUGAGCACCGAGGAACUCGAGCAAGGAAAGAAAUGGCUCAGUGAUUCAUUUUCUCUUAUAAGGUGUGAGAACGAUUGCCUUCCAAGUAUAAGUUGGGUUCUUGAACUUGCAAGAAUAGCAGUUCUACGCCAUGGGGUUAAUGGGCUCGUAAUUGAUCCAUACAAUGAACUGGAUCAUCAACGCCCUCCUAAUCAGACCGAGACUGAAUACGUGAGUCAGAUGCUGACCAAAGUCAAGCGAUUUGCUCAGCAUCAUUCAUGUCAUGUUUGGUUUGUUGCUCAUCCUAGACAGUUGCAUAAUUGGAUUGGAGGCCCUCCGAAUAUGUAUGACAUCAGUGGGAGCGCACACUUCAUAAACAAAUGUGACAAUGGAAUUGUUAUCCAUCGUAACAGGGACCCGGAUGCUGGUCCUAUGGACUUAGUUCAGGUUUGUGUGCGGAAAGUACGUAAUAAAGUUAUAGGAACUAUUGGCGAUGCCUAUUUGUCGUAUAACAGGGUUACUGGUGAGUACGGGGACAUUGAUGCAUCGGGCCUAAUUUCUAAGGGCAAGCGUGGUUCAUGAGAUGGAGCUUUGACGAAAUGAAGGUACUAUUAUUGAUAAUUUAUGUUAUGGUUUGAGGCUAGCCAUCAUCUAUAUAUGUUUGUUUCUAGGUUUGCUAGCCAAUUUUGUGUCUCGUAGUCGUAGGCCUGGAAUUCACAUCAUUAAAUUCUGUAAAUAUAUUUGGUUGGCUGAAUCAAAUGCUGUAUAUUUGAAGUUAUAUUUUCAUGCUGUCACCGGAGCUAUAUUAUGCUCUUUUUUUC